AUGGCACUCAAAGUAGUGGAUUGUUCAAGAAGGGAGCAUGCAAGAGUUCCCCAUUGCUCAAGUAGUAGAAAAGGCAAGAGAACCAAAGAAGUCAUUCUCUUGAGCGAAGAGGAGGAUGACAGUGAUCAUGCAGAGAAGCUCAAGACAAGAAAGAGGAGUUCGAAUGUGCAGAAAGAUUCAGAUGAUGAUGACUAUAGUCAUUAUGAUGGUCAUGAUGACUGGUAUAAUUAUCAAGAUGACGAUGAAGAAGAAGGUGGAGGCUUUGGUGGCAUUGCUGGACUAGGUGGUGGACGGUUCGGUGGUGGUGGCGAACUUGGUGGCCUUGGCAGUGGCUUUGGGGGUGGAGCUGGUGCAGGAGGUGGGCUAGGUGGAGGUGGUAGUCAUGGUUUUCGAGGAGGCGGUGGACUCAGUGGCCUAGGUGGUGGAUUUGGUGGUGGUGCUGGUGGAGGAUUUAAAUCAAUUUGCAAUGACCAGUCUCACAUUUCAUCUAUUUAUAGAGAACCACCAAAUGUUUUCAUUGAUGCUAUAUAUGAACAUGCUGAGAGAAAUUGUUUACCAAUUUAA